AUGGCUAAGAAGAAAAAGCUGAGUCUCAAGCCCGUUGCCCGACAGGUUGCAACGACUUCCAUAGCAAAGAAGGUUACAGAGAAACCUCCAGAAGAAGAAGAACAAGAGGCAGAGAUCGAGUCUCAAAAACAAGACUCAAAGAUACCGGAAGAAACUCAGAAAGUCGAUGAAGAAUAUGACAUAGACCGAGCAGAGAUCGAGUCUUUACAGUUACUGGUUGACCAACAGCAGGCCAAAGCGGAGAGGGAGGCACUAAGAGUUAUCAAGGCAUUGGAACAAGAUAGCCGAGCGUCCAAGACUUUACCGCGACUCGAUAUCGAUCCCUCCAUCAGGGAUCGAAUCCUUGAAUUAAUCAGAGCAGUGGAACCUAGCUCCAGAUUGAUCCAAGAACCAGAAGUUAAAGUCUUGCCUCGACUCGCGGUUGUCUAUGGAACACUUCGAGGGCUUGGUCUCACGGAGAAGAUUAUCGAAGAAUGCUUAAAGGUAAUCCCAGACAUUGACAUAGACUCGGCGAUUGAGUGGCUGGUUUUAAAUUGCGAUGAGAACGAAUUGGAUUUUGACAAUCGAUUAAAUAACGGAGGAUCAGAAAUAUUGCCCCCUUAUGGCGCCACCGAAAUUCCUCAACCAGCUCCCCAACCGGCUCCCAGCGCACCUGCGACUAGACCUGCCAACAUCCUACUCGAUUGGCUACUCCUGCUGCUGACGUCUCUCUUUCGGACUCGGACUCGGAUGGAUCCCUUGAAUCCAGAAAUUGGAAGCGAGAUUAGAACUUUGGAGAGUGACUACGAAUUCCGAAAGAAACAUGCGGAGUACUCUUUCCAACAGCUGAGGAAAGUAGCAGAGGAUGACGAACUAAAGCGUUCGUUGAAGGCACCGAAAGCGGCUCUUCCUGCCAAAGGCACAGAUAUAGAAGAAGCUCCUAAGGAAUCCAGCCUUUUAGAGAAACCCGCAGAUUCUACUCCGGUCGGGACAAACUUAAUCGACCAACAUUCUGACUCUGAUGAAGGCGGCUUCUUUGGACACAUGUUGGAUGAAAUGCCGACAGAAGUAACUACAGCAGCGGGUGAUAUUAAUAUGAAACUAGACAGCUAUGCACUCGUAUCAUAUCGCCCUAUUGGAGGCGUGACGCGAGUCGCUCGGGCAGCCGUUCAGGUUCGCUGGCGCUCCAAACCUGGACAAGAGUGGAUCAUACCCGAUGCCUGUCCGACUCUGACACAAGCCGAAGAGUACGCCGCACUCUUGGCUCUACAUUCGCUCUCUUCGCCUGUUAGAGCUGGGUUUAUUGGACUCCGUUCAACGAUAGUUCCAGUACAGCCAAGUAGCAUUAGGUCCCUACCACCGAGUGCACAGAGUUUAUGGAGGGAAUUUGAGACCCGUCGGAAGUACGAGGAAGACGAGACAAACAGGAAAGUUUGGGCUACCCUUCGGACUAUCCUUGAACCCAAGCUUGCACCACCUGGUACAUACAAGAUGAAUCAAACGGUAAAGUCGGCCACAUCCACUGCUCAAGAUUUUUCUUCAGCUACGAAGUCCAAAGCACCACUUAGAGAAGUGCCGAGCCUGCGGAAUGACUUUGAAGCACGCCGAGCGUCACCUGCAUACCAGGAAAUGCUGCAAAAGAGAAACGACCUUCCUAUUGCCUCUUUCGUUCUCAAAUUAUACAAUCUCUUCGAGACAACCAAUGAACCACGUCGGAUUUCGGCCAUAUCUCUAGCUCAGCGUGUCAGUCGAGAACUGGGGGAGCCCCCAAACGCCGUCGGCACCAUGUCAAGUUUGAUCGGAUACUCAGUCAGGUUGGAAAGUAAUAUAACGCGAAAUACGAGAUUGGCUUUCAUUACAAACGGAAUCGCAUUAAGGAUGCUGGAGAGCGAUGGGAAAGGUGGGACUGCCUUUGACGAAAUUACGCACAUUAUUAUCGAUGAGGUCCACGAGCGGUCCAUUGAGUCGGAUUUCUUACUGAUUGUCCUCAAGUCGAUGAUCAAACACCGACCCGACCUAAAAAUCGUGCUCAUGUCAGCUACUGUUGACGCCGAAAAGGUCUCGGCAUACUUUGGUGGGCCAAAUAUUUGCCCUGUGCUGAUGGUCCCUGGUCGUACUUUCCCGGUCAAAGUUCAAUACCUUGAAGAUGCGAUUGAAUUCACGAAUUGGAGAAUUGAUGAUGACUCACCGUACGCACUUAGAAACAAAGCUUUUGCUCAUACCAAGUCAAAGAAACUCGAAUGGUCCGAGGAAACGGCUAUAGCUGAGGACGAGGACGAAGAAAACUUAGCCUCCGCGACCCCACGACGGAUUCCAUACGACCUCAUUCUGCGACUUCUCGAAAAAAUAUGUCUUGAAGAUUCCAAACACUCCAAUUACUCGGCAGCCGUUCUUGUAUUCUUACCCGGUCUGAACGAGAUUCGUCAGUUGACCGAUAUACUUGGCGCUCAUAGGGAUUUUGGGACACAAGCGUUUAGAAUAUAUCCCCUUCAUUCGUCUUUGCCAUCAGAGAGCCAAACAGCGGUGUUUGAGAUUCCUCCGCCAGGCAUCAGGAAAAUAGUUAUUUCUACUAACAUUGCAGAGACCGGUGUUACUAUUCCUGUGGAAGCAACGCUGCGCAAAGACGUGGACGUGCUGGGCGUGUACAAGAAGGACUUUGCUUCCAUUUAUUUACCAAGAGUCGCCACGAUAACCUGGUAUAUGUAUUAUGGUGGACAACCCACUCCCGAAAUACUGCGUCUGAGUCUAGCGGACCUCGCACUUCGCAUCAAAAUCAUGAAUAUCCAAAUUGGUAGCUCAGUCGAGGAUGUGCUGACCCGGGCUCUGGACCCUCCGUCCUCAACCAACAUACAGCGUGCAGUUAACGCGUUGAUCGAGGUUAAAGCACUAACCACAACCGAGCAAAUUACCAACCUCGGCCGUCUAUUGAGUAAAUUACCUAUGGACGUCCAUCUGGGGAAGUUCCUGCUUCAAUCUGUCUUAUUGGGGUGCUUGGAUUCAGCUUUGACUAUAUGUGCGACGCUCAAUGCCAAAUCCCCAUUCUUGAAGCCAUUUGGGUUCGAGGCACAGGCUGAUGCUGCAAAGUUAUCGUUUGCUAAAGAAAACUCGGAUUUCUUUGCCCUUGUUAAUGCCUUCAAUAGCUGGAAACGUGCGCUUUCCAAUGGACAGCAUGUCGCAAGGAAGUUUUGCAGGGAAAGCUAUCUAAGUUACCAGAACUUACAACAGAUUGAAGAUCUGCGUCAACAAUUUAUGGGAUAUUUGAUCGAUAGCUCCUUCGUGAGCGUGCACGCAGAGUUCAGUCAAGAGUUCAAACGUCUACGAUUCCAGCGUCAACGAACUAAGAUCAUGCAGCUACCUGAAUCCAUCAGCUCCCCUGACGUCAAUGUUGGGCUAAUCGAGGCUGCUUUGACCGCUGGGAUGUUCCCCAAAAUUAUUAGCAUAGACUCUUCAACUGGGCAUAUGCAAACAAUCGGUAAUAACCGACCCGUAGCCUUUCAUCCAUCUUCCGUCAAUUUCAAGAGGGCUCUACGAGAAUUCAAAUCUUCGUACCUCUGCUAUUUCUCACUUAUGCAAGUCGCUCCGGUUACUUGGCGACCUCUGGCUGACGCGCUUACCAAUGUUUCAUACAGGCAAGCUAAGAAAUUGUAUGCUUCAGAAACUGGACCUGCCAGUGAUCUGUCCCUGAUUCUCCUUUGCGGAGAUUGCGAGUUCAAGCCAUCAUCAGAACUUGUGGUAGUUGAUCGGAAACUCAAAUAUCGAGUUCCUGGGAAAACACUUUUGGCUCUGAAAGCUCUGAAAGGAAGGCUGGCGUCCAACAUGGCCGUACGGCUACGCCCAAAGCAAACCGAGACGGCCUCUGAAGCUGAUCUUUGGUCAACACUUGCACUCGAACUUUUUCGCAGUCCAAUAGCAGACUAA